AACCAAUAAAAUCUCGAGUAGUAAUCCAAAGUAAUCCAAUCAGUAAAAUCUCGAGUAGUAAUCCAUAGUAAUCCAACCAGUAAAAUCACGAGAAUUAUGCGGAGCUGAGAAAACCAUCGAGUAAAAAAAACAAAACACUAUCGACAUGGCACAAAAAGAAUAAACCCAGGUGUUCCGGGUGGUAAGCGUCUCGAGCAAUAUCACUCUGGUUGAUAGGACUAGCUAACCACUUAACCUUCUAGUCACAGCUUCUUUAAAGUCCCUUACAUUGAAAACUUCCUCAGGAAAGCAUUCAGUAGAAUUAAAGGAAUUCCUUAGAUCGUUGAUCAAACCGGGGCCUGGUAAUUUAGACUCAAACCCAUUCAUUGCAUGGGUCUUAGUUAACGUAAAAGACAAGAAGAACGUUUCCUGGAACUUUAUUUCAUUGUCGAUAGGCUGUGUACAAACGCGAACAAGUUGAAUUUUUUUUUUUUAUAUUCUAGUGCAGGAUGUGUUUGACCUCAACGGUCCUCUGAGUUUAGAUUUAUUUAGGUGGAUUUGAUUCCCGUGACCUUGAAUUUGAGGUCAAUGUCGUUCACCCCAGCAUGCUAAAGACCCAAUAUCAGAUUUCUGGACCUCUUGCUUAGUGAAAAGAAGCUAUUUAGAUAUUUUAGUAUACUUGACCCCUGUGACCUUGAAUGAAGGUCAAGGUAAUUCAUUUGAACAAUCUUGAUAGUCCUUCACUAAAGCAUGCUAUAGGGCCAAUAUCAGGUCCCAAUGUCUCUUGGUUAUUGAGAAGACGUCGAAAAUGUAAAUUGUUUAUGAUCGUCUCUGGUGACCUAAAAUCUUUGACCGACUUCACAAUCAAGAGUACCUGUGUUUUAGUAUACCGUCCCAGGGUGUGUGUACUGUAUAUAGACAAGAAAGAUACAAUCAUGGCCAUGACUAUAUAUAACAUAAAGGUUUCUCGAAAUGUUUAAGAACACACAAGAUAUGUUCAGUAUAACUACCAGUCAAGAUGAAGAGGUACACAGCUCAGAAAAUGCACGUGGUCGUUAUGAAAAGGACACGCAGGCGUGUACGGUAUCGGAUGCAGGAGAAUGAAUUGAUUGUGUCCGAUCCGAUUAAAGAAAUCCGUCCGAGGAAAAUGAGUUUCAUGUACUACAGACAGAAGGAACCCAAACCCAAGACAAUACCGGCAUAUGGUUUCGAGAAAAAGAAGGCAUCGGAGGUUCGAGAUAUCACAGAACGUCUAAGUCGGCCGACGUAUAAUCGGCGACUGUCGGCCGACGAGCCAACACACUUGUAUAAUUUCGACAAAAGUCGGGAAAGUAGUGCUUUACGAAAUCGUACGCCGUCUUCAUGUGGGCGACGUUCGGCACUCAGCUCGAGUGACCGUCAGCGAAGUGCUACGCGUCGUCUCACGGAUCGGGAAAUGCAAAGACUCAUACGGCGACUCCAAAGGCCUACCGAAAGCUAUGUAAUAGCCACGACAGAACAAAUGGACGAACCACAAGGUCGUAUCUCUCGGACACCGAUCGCGGAGGAACAAAUAGCAAAGACGGUGAGGCGGCUUCGACGUCCGACUACAGCAACUAUGGCUAAGGAUAUCAACGAAUGUCAUUUGUGUUUUGAACAUGAAAAUAAAAAAUCUACGGAUCCUCCCGAUGCGUUCGAUUACGAUUAUAUAAUGGAUAAAUCCCUUCCACCAGAGGAACUAGACUAUAUCGUCAGUCGCAUGCGCGUGCAGACAUGUUCAAGUGCGCAUGGGCGUCGUUGUGCGAAGACACCAGCAACUGCAUAUUUCGACGAAGUGAAAGCGCGGGAAAAUCUCCCAUUACUCAGUGGUCUGGCUCGAAGUAAAAACGUGAAAGACAUCACCAACAGACUCCACCCAAAGCCUCGUUAUCGUUUAGUGCCGUCAGCGACACCUAUCACUGUUUAUUAGCAUCGUUCGUAUUCGACAAAUUCAAUAAGUGUUGAAAUUUAGUUUUUAUAGAUUCAUCAAGUCUACGAUACCACGGUCGUUGAAAUUUACUAAUAUUUUAUUGUUUAAGAAUUGUUCCGAUAUUCUUUCUUUAUUAAAGAAUUUACUAGCGAUUUUAACAUUAUUUUCUCGGUUAAUAUUUUAUAAGAUAGUAAAGGGUUAAUACAAAAUGUAUAUUGAAACUUUGA